CUUUACCUCGUUUGGCUUGGAUUUGGCGGGCUUCUUUGUAUCAGCUGAUUGUCUUCCUUGAUCUACAACAGAUAAUGAAUAUUGCUUGUAAUCGUCAUGAUGAUAACCUUCCAAUCCUGUUCAUUGAUUUCAAUCAAGAUUACACAUCUAUUCAAGUUGGAACCAAAACAGGAUACAGCCUUUUAUCAACUGUCGGUGAUCAAGUGACUGAGACAUUUUCUUCUACCGGUGAUCCCAUGUGUAUUGUUGGCAGAUUAUUUAAUCGAAGCUUAGUUACAUUAGUUUCACAGAAUGAUAUGCGUCGACUGUUAGUUGCACAUUCCAGAAUAAACACACUGAUAUGUCAUUAUCGUUAUACAUUGACUAUAUUAGCUGUUAAAAUGAAUCAUCAGCGUUUAGUAGUUUGUGUCGAAGAUGGAAUAUUCAUACAUAAUAUGCGUGAUAUGCAAUUAUUGCAUAAAGUUGAAGAAACACCACCGAAUCGAAAUGGUGUCAUUGCUUUAUCAUCGAAUGAAAGCAAUUGUUAUUUAGCCUAUCCUGGUUCACAUCGUGUCGGCACUGUGUUCAUUUUUGAUGCAUUAAGUUUUCAAAAUGUAACAUCUAUCGCUGCUCAUGAUGGUCUAUUAGCAUGUCUUACAUUUAAUGCUAGAGCUAAUUUAUUAGCUACAGCAUCAGAGAAAGGCACUGUAAUACGUGUGUUUUCUAUUCCACAAGGAGAAAAAGUAAUUGAAUUUCGUCGUGGAUUAACUCGUUGUGUAUCUAUCUGUUGUCUAUCAUUCAGUAUGAAUAGUCAAUAUUUAGUCGCUGCUAGUCAUACAGAAACAGUGCAUUUAUUCAAAUUGGAAAAUCGUUCUUCUGAAAAACUACCUGACAUUCCCGCUGAUCAUCAUUAUACAAGACAACGUACUACAUCGACUAGUUCAGCAGCUAGUCAACAUGUUGAUGAUGAUGGUGAGCCGCCAUCGUCUGAUGAUAUAACUACAACUUAUCCAGGAUGUAUGGAUAUUAAUACUGCUGCUGGUUUAGAUAAUACAAAUGCAAUAACAACCACAACAACAACAACAGGUGGCGCUGCUGUAGCCGCAACAGCUACAAUGGCCAGUUGGAGUCAAGGUUUAAUGGGAUGGAUGGGUAGUACAUUGAAAACUUAUUCUGCUUAUUUACCACAUCAAGUCUCAGAGAUAUUUGCACAAGAUCGUGCAUUUGCCUAUGCUAGAAUACCAUGUGCUUCAGUGACUAGUAGUAGCAGUAGUCCAUUUCGUCCAUUAGGCAGUGGCGGUGGCAGUGGUAGUCCUGUGACAACGUCGACUGGAGAUUUAACGAAUCUUCAUUAUCCUGGUUCCCCAUCUUCAAUUCCUCAAGCUGGUGGCGCUGCGGGUGUUGGUGGUGGUGGUCUUAUGCAAUUAUCACCUGGGCAAAGGAAAGUGGCUGCACUUGUUUAUUAUCAAAAUCAACCACGAUUAAUUGUUGCUGGCCUAGACGGUCUGGUGCAUAUUUUCUCUAUUGAUCCAAUCCAUGGUGGUGAAGGUGUUUUGAUUAGAACUCAAAGAUUACUGAAUCCACUUUCAACAACAACAACUAAUAAUCAACCAACUAAUUUAUCCUCUGUAGCUAUGAAUCCUAAUUCACCGUACGAUUCAAGUUCUCUUCCAGCGUCUAAUAUUACUACUACUACUAAUAACAAUAACAGCAAUAAUAUGUGUUCUGGUGAUAAUCCAUCAUCGAAAAAUGUCAGUUGUAUUCGUACUGGUGGACCACAACAACCAGGUGUUUAUGCUUUACCAGCGUCUGUUGCUGCAACUGUCAAUUUAACAAGUGGUGGUGGUAGUAACAGUAGUAUCAGUAACAGUACUAAUAAUUCUAACAUUGUCACAACAACUGGUAAAGUCAAUACAUUCGCAUCAGUUGUUGCUAGUGGUUUAAAAGAUGAAGGUACAACCAUUGGUGCUGGUUCCGGUCAAUCAUUGAAUCCCGUGAUGACUGACUAACUGAAUGAAUAAAUGAAUGAAUCGAUCCCGUGAAUGAAUGGAUCAAUGCACACACAAACACACACACACCCAACAGAGACACACACAACAAGAAAGCAUUGUUCACACAACAACAUCAUGUCAGUAUAAUAAUAACAAUAAUAAUAUUGUUGUUGAUUUUGAUGUUGUCAUUAAGGUUGUCGUUAUUAUUAUUAUUACUAUUUUGUGCAACUGGCCAAAACAAUAAUUCCAAUUGUCCCCUGUCUCUCUCUCUCUCUCUCUGUAUCCUUCAAUCAUUUGAACAUCAUGUCCCCGCCCCAUGGAUUUGGCUUUUUAUUGUUUUGGUCAUUCAAAUUGAUGAUGAUGUGUAAAUUAGUUUCUUCUCAAUUUUUGUCAUCACCUAUCAGUCAGUCCCUGUUUCCAAAUGACUUACUUUAUUCUUUGUGUGCCUAUCUUGUACACACACACUCAUACUGACACAAACACUCUGUCACACACAUUGUUAGGGAUGCACAAGCAUACAUACACGUAUAACACACAUCCACAUACUCUCGCUGACUAUGCGUAAAUUUUUCCAACUAUACAUAUAUAUUUCUUUUGAAAAAUUUAAUUUCCCGUUUAUAUAUAUAUAUAUCAGAAAAAAGACAGUGAUUUUCAAGCCAGAACACUGAUUAUUAUUCGGCUUAUUCAAUCAAUCCGACAAUAUUUCUUCUCUUCGUGAAGUCAGUUGUCUCUAAGAUUCGUCUUAACUGAACUAUUAUAAUCCACACAUUCACAUGAUCGAUCCUGUCUGUCUACUGCCUGUUGUCGUCUCCAUCUCUCCGUGAACUAUUCAUCUCACACUGUACCACUCUCAUUGUCGUCAUCAUCAUCAUCAUCAUCAACACUGUCGUUAUCAUGUACGCAUUUCUCCAUUGAUUGGUUGAUGCUGCACUGUGUACUUGUAUUCGAACUUGUGUACGCAUUGAUUUUCUCUUUUGAUACUUACUGUUCACAUUGAUUAUUAUUGACUUUUCCAAUGAAGUUAUUUAAUAAGUUUUGGCAUGAUCAUUCUAUAUAUACAAACAUAUAUAUAUAUAUACCUAUAUAUGUAAGCAUAUAUUUCUGUUGAUAUUUAUUUGAAGAAGUGAAUUAUUAUUAUUAUUCCUUGUACAAAAUAUAAAAUUUUUUUUGGUUUCCUUAAAAUAGAGUGAGUAAAUUAAUAACAAUAAUUAUUAUUAUUAUUCAGAGAGAAAAUAAAAUCAAUUGACUUUUUUUU